AACAGGGUGUGGUUCUGAAACUUUCAUGGGCUGUAGUAGUGGCAUGGGGUUUAAAUUGAGCUGAAUGGGGCUGAUCCCAUAGUUACCACAGCUGAUCUGUCACUUUCACACGCUUGCUCUCCUGGCUCAGAGCUUCAGCCGCCCGUGUUUGCCCUUUCAUGAGAAGGACAAGUGGAGUCUACUGCCGACAGUUGAGUUUCGCCUGUACCUGCUGACUCACCUCAUCCGUUGGAUCAUCUAAACAGAGGGCUGACUGUUCUGGCUGUGUAGCUGCUUUCCUCUUCAACAGGGGAGCCUGGGACUUUCAUUCAUAGAAGGUUGAAUAAAUAAAAGACAAGCUGCAACCAUGCUGCACAAAGCAGUCUCCAGCGUUGUAAAGUUCCAUGGCUAUCUUCAGUCAAGGAUUGAUUCCAGGGUCAGGGACUACCCUCUAAUGCAGAGCCCUGUGCAAAUGUCCACCAUCCUGGUGGCCUACGUCGCCUUGGCAGUGUACGUCGGACCCCGCCUGAUGGCAAACCGCAAACCUUUCGGUCUCAACAGAGCUAUGAUCAUCUACAACCUCAGCAUGGUUUUACUAAAUGCCUACAUUGUGUAUGAGUUUUUGAUGUCUGGAUGGGCCACCACCUUCACGUGGAGAUGCGACCUCAUUGACCCCACCACCAGCCCACAGGCUCUCAGGAUGAUUCGAGUUGCUUGGCUGUUCUAUUUUUCUAAGUUCAUUGAACUUCUUGACACAGUGUUUUUUGUGCUGAGAAAGAAGCAAAGCCAGAUCACAUUUCUUCAUGUCUUUCAUCACUCUUUCAUGCCCUGGACAUGGUGGUGGGGUGUCACCCUGACCCCUGCUGGAGGAAUGGGAUCCUUCCAUGCCAUGGUCAACUCGGUGGUUCAUGUGAUCAUGUACACCUACUAUGGACUCUCUGCUGCAGGGCCUCGCUUUCAGAAGUACCUGUGGUGGAAGAAGUACAUGACUGCCAUCCAACUUAUACAGUUCAUUCUGGUGUCCAUUCACAUCAGCCAGUACUACUUCAUGGAGAAUUGUGACUACCAGGUUCCCCUGUGGAUCCACCUUAUCUGGAUUUAUGGAGUCCUCUUCUUCUUCCUCUUUGCCAACUUUUGGGUGCAGGCCUACAUAAAGGGCAACCGGCUUCCCAUAGUUGAGCACAAGACAACGCAGAAUGGCUCCGUCAGUGACUCCCAGACUGUGGUGGCCAACGGGAAACGCUGCCAGAAUGGGAACGCUCACCAAUACCCCAAUGGUAGAUGCAUCAUUGGGAAAGUGAAGGAAAUAUAACCUUGCCUUUUUUACAAGGAGGCAAUGAGUUAUUUUAUGUUUCCGCCUUGAAUAUGCAAUUAAUCAGUCAUAGCUUGUGGCAGAAAUUACCUCAAUUUGUAUGCAACUCUAGUCUUCUGUGAAAUAAUCACAAUAGGGGGAUAUGAUUGGCAUACUUUUUGCCACUGAUCUCUUCUUGCAACACAAUGUAAGAUGCUUAACUGUGUAGAACACUGAAAAUUGGUGCUCAUGUUGUCACUGAUAGUAUUCUUUGGCUCAUGCUUGUCCUGCAGCACUGUUUGGUUUGCAUGGCCUUUGUUGCAUGGGAGUAUGGCACGGUUUCCACUGAAGACUAGCACAUGUAAAUAGCUACAGUCAUGCAAAGAACAUUCAUUGUAAAUGUCAUUUAAUUUUCUUUUAUUUAUCUUUUGAAAUAAAAUGUUUUAGGUAAAGGUGUUCCUGAAAGCAGUUAUGGUGUGCACACCCCACCCCAUUUUCUGUUUAGAGAAUUAUGGAAAUGUUAUACUGUAUAUUACAGUAUUAAGUCAUUUUUGGCAUGUCACACACUGCUGUAAAGUCCAGGCAGUUGUGUGUUGCUGUUGUCUGUACUCAAUGCAAUAGGUUAAUAAAAUUCAAAAAAAAAUUGAC